GAGCCCCGCGCCGGCGCCGUGACGUCACGCCCUGGAGCUGCGGGCCGGGCCGGGCGGCGGCAUGGCGGAGAGCGAAGCGGAGACCCCGGGCACCCCGGGAGAGUUCGAGAGCAAGUACUUCGAGUUCCAUGGCGUGCGGCUGCCGCCCUUCUGCCGCGGGAAGAUGGAGGAUAUCGCUGAUUUCCCGGUGCGGCCCAGCGACGUGUGGAUCGUCACCUACCCCAAGUCUGGUACAAGCUUGCUGCAGGAGGUGGUCUACCUGGUGAGCCAGGGCGCUGACCCUGACGAGAUUGGCCUGAUGAACAUUGAUGAACAGUUGCCAGUGUUGGAGUACCCGCAGCCGGGUCUGGACAUCAUCAAGGAACUGACAUCUCCCCGCCUCAUCAAGAGUCACCUCCCCUACCGCUUCCUGCCCUCUGACCUCCACAAUGGGGACUCCAAGGUCAUCUACAUGGCUCGCAACCCCAAGGACCUGGUUGUGUCUUACUAUCAAUUCCACCGCUCGCUGAGGACCAUGAGCUACCGAGGCACCUUCCAGGAGUUCUGUCGGCGGUUCAUGAACGACAAAUUGGGCUAUGGAUCCUGGUUUGAGCAUGUUCAGGAAUUCUGGGAACAUCGUAUGGAUGCAAAUGUGCUUUUCCUCAAGUAUGAAGACAUGCACCGGGACCUGGUGACCAUGGUGGAGCAGCUGGCCAGAUUCCUGGGUGUGUCCUGUGACAAGGCCCAGCUGGAAUCCUUGACCGAGCAUUGCCACCAGCUGGUGGACCAGUGUUGCAAUGCAGAGGCCCUGCCUGUGGGCCGGGGAAGAGUCGGGCUGUGGAAAGACAUCUUCACCGUCUCCAUGAACGAGAAGUUUGAUCUAGUGUAUAAACAGAAGAUGGGGAAGUGUGACCUCACGUUUGACUUUUAUUUAUAAUAUCAGAAACCGCGAACUUGCAUGCUCACGGUCCCCAGACGCUCUACUAGCUAAAAGUCCUGUUUGCGUUCAUUUAUUCCUUGCUGGACACACUCUGGAAGCUGCGUGGAAACGUUUGGCAGGGGACGAGCCCAGUGGAGAGAGCGAGGAGUGUGAUGCUGUCCACAUCAGCCGCCUGGCCUGUAGCAUUUGAGUCUCCACGUGGUGGCCGUGCCACAUGCACAGGCAGCGAGAAUGUCUGCCCUGUACCCCACGUUAUUCACUGUAUUUUAUAGCGCUUUUCACUGGAAAUCUAAAUAAAUAUCCGUCAACCAAAUGCAAGUCCAUUUCCGUGGGCGAGCAGGAGCAAGCUGUGCCAGGAUGGUAGGAAGCUCUCAGGGUUCACUGUAAUUUUUGUACUCUUUUUUCUCUAGGCACAGCCACCCCACCUUGUUCUGAGAUCAAAGGAUGGGUUGGGAUCACAUUGGGGGGGAGUUGGAGAGGUGGGUCUAGCCUGUGGUCUAGCCAGUCUUCCAGAACCAUCCUGCCACCAAGCCAGGGCCUGUCCCAGGCCAUUUUCAGAAACACCUCCAGCACGCAGCUCUUGGAGCCUAGUACAGAAGAGCCCAAGGAAAGGUCCGGGAGGGAAGCUGACCUGAGGCUGCAGAAGGCAUCUGAAGGCAUUGAUGGCGUGUCAAGAGUCCCCGCAGACAAAAGAAUUGGUAUCUGCUACAGCCUUCUCUUGUCCCCAAGGCGAUGACUGACACAUUCCUACUGGCAAGCGAUACAACAUGGCAUGGUUCUAAAAUUCCUAGUUGCUGUCACUUGCUCUCCAGCUGUGCCAAGGCUCUCACCUAGAAGACCUAGUCUGCAGGGUUGAUGUUCUCCAUGUGGAUAGGACUGGCAAGCCUGCCCAUCUGAGUGGGUACCUCGACCUUCAAGAGUGUCUAAGGGAGCGAUGGUCCUGUAUGCUACACACACACACUCACACACAUGUGCUCACACACAUGUGCUCACACACACACCUACCCCCACUCUCUUCUGGCUCAAAUUUGGCCCAGGUGAUGGCCAGAUGAGAGGUGGACCAGCAGAUUCCUGCUGGGGACUAACUCGUUCUGUUCUUUAUCAGGCUUGGAAGAGCUGGAGUGGUGGUGGGAGACUCUGGCUGUGGAAGGGGCCUGCGGUGGGUGGUCUCUGAAGCAGGUCUGGUUGCAGCUGGCAUUACCUCUGUCCAGGGAAAAGCUUGUGUGGGCCGGGUGCAUGACUCUUGAGGUGGGCAUGGCAGCGCCUUUUCUGUGUGUCUGGGAAGGAAGGCUGCUUUCUGUGAAAUUUUGUUUCUAUUUUUCUAUUUUUAGUACUGUAUGGAUGUUCUGGAGUCACACAUGGUACUCUGUGCUUGCUUGCAUCUUUAAUAAAAGACACCUCCCUGCU